UUCAGUCUUAUUUCUGCUAGCUUUGCUACGCCUUCCUCAAUUUGGGAUUUUUUUCCGCUUUCCAGCGUUUCCAGCAGCCGCGGAGGAAUUUCCGAAUUCCGCGACCUGUCGUUCGCAAUCUUCCCCAGUUGGGCACGACCCUGGACAUUCGCCUGAGCCGCCAAAAGCCCUUAUCGAGCAGGCCCCGAUAUGGUGAUAAGCAGCAGCCAGUGAAGUUGCUUCCAGAGCAAUGAGUGAAUCGACGCCCCCUGAUGUGGUCACUCCACCUGCCACAGGGUACUACCAGCUCAGCCUGACCAUCGACCGAGCUCAGCUGAGGCGAGUUACGUUUUUGAAACCCAACCCGUAUGUGGAGCUCACCAUCGACGAUAAAAAUGUCAGGAAAACAGAAGUGCUCAAAUCCACUCAUCAACCCAAAUGGAACGAGGAGUUCACAAUACUCGUGACGCCUUAUUCUGUGCUGCGUUUCCGAGUGUUGGAUCAAAAUGAGUUUUGGAGGGACCGCUUGCUGGGCGAAAAGGUGACGCAGCUGUACGAGGUUCUGGCGCACUACAGCGGGCGCUGUGAGGACCUUCAGCUGACCCUUGACCUGCAGCACCACCAGUCGGGCAACGGCUUCACAAACUCGACCGCCGGCGAACUAUUUGUCAUGCUGAAGGGCCUCCGCGUUGACAUGAACACCGUUCCACCCCCAGAUCGUGCCGCCUCUGCCUCGGCAGUCCCUUCUGGGGAUAGACCUGCGGAGAGCAGUUCGACGGCUCCGACGCCUCAGCCGAGGCAGAGGGCCACUAUUUCUUACUUCCCCAGCUUACCCCCGAGCGAGCCUGCAAGGCCCAAUGGCACUGAGGCGCCUCCAGCAGCAGAGGGGGACACGCCUCCAGCAGCUACGAAUGCCGUGGCAGCCGCCUCCACCGUCGCUGCCACCUCCAGCAUUGAAGACCCGCUGCCUCCAGGUUGGGAGAUGAGAUACGACAUGUAUGGAAGGAGAUAUUAUGUGGACCACAACACGAGAUCUACGUCUUGGGAGCGUCCUCAGGCUCUGCCAUCUGGCUGGGAGCUGAGACGAGACCCCAGAGGUCGAGUCUACUAUGUUGACCACAACACUCGCACUACCACUUGGCAGCGGCCAAGCACUGAGCGCCUGCAGCACUUCCAGCACUGGCAGGGCGAGCGCGCCCACGUCAUUCAGCAGGGCAACCAGCGCUUCCUCUACCCAAAUAAUGUGUCUAAUGGAAUCACUAGCAAUAAUAGCACCCCUGUGGCGGGAACAAGUGCUGCUGGAGCGGCGACAGCGGCUCCGAAACCUGAUGACGACGAAGCAACCCUGGGCCCUCUCCCUGCUGGCUGGGAAAAGAGGGUCCAGCCUGAUGGAAGGCUGUACUUUGUCAACCACAAAAACAGGACUACGCAAUGGGAAGAUCCUAGAACUCAAGGGCUAGAAAUUAGUGCUAACGAGCCACCUUUGCCUGACGGCUGGGAAAUCCGCCUGACCGAAGACGGAGUUCGUUACUUUGUUGACCACAACUCGAGGUCAACCACUUUCCAAGAUCCUCGUCCGGGAGCACCCAAAGGGCCCAACGGUGUUUACGGAGUGCCGAGGGCGUACGAGCGGUCAUUCCGAUGGAAGCUAAGUCAGUUCCGGUACUUGUGCCAGAGCAAUGUCAUGCCGUCCCAUAUCAAAAUCACAAUGACGAGAGCAACGCUAUUCGAAGAUUCGUACCAUCAGAUCAUGCGUCUGCCGGCGUACGAGCUGCGACGGCGCCUCUACAUCAUCUUCCGCGGGGAGGAGGGCCUUGACUAUGGAGGCGUCUCCAGGGAGUGGUUCUUCUUGUUGUCCCACGAGGUGCUCAACCCUAUGUACUGUCUCUUCGAGUAUGCCAACAAAAACAACUACAGCCUCCAAAUCAACCCCGCCUCCUACGUCAACCCCGACCACCUGCAGUACUUCAAGUUCAUUGGCAGAUUUAUCGCAAUGGCUCUGUAUCACGGUCGGUUUAUCUACUCUGGAUUCACAAUGCCCUUCUACAAGAGGAUGUUAAACAAAAAGCUCACAAUGAAGGACAUCGAGACGAUCGACCCCGAGUUUUACAAUUCCUUAGUGUGGUUGAGAGAUAACAGCAUAGAGGAGUGCGGCCUGGAGUUGUACUUCAGCGUCGACUUUGAAGUUCUGGGCCAAGUUCUGCAUCACGAACUAAAGGAUAACGGCGACAAAGUCAAAGUCACAGACGAAAACAAGGAAGAAUACAUGAGCCUGAUGACAAACUGGCGCAUGACGAGAGGUGUUGAGGAACAAACCAAGGCCUUUUUGGAUGGCUUCAACGAAGUGGUGCCACUCGAGUGGCUCAAGUACUUUGACGAGCGAGAACUGGAGCUGAUGCUGUGCGGAAUGCAAGAGGUUGAUGUCGAUGACUGGCAGAGACACUCCAUUUAUAGGCACUACACCAAAAACAGCAAGCAGGUUCUUUGGUUCUGGCAGUUUGUUCGAACAACUGACAAUGAAAAGAGGGCCAGAUUACUUCAGUUUGUGACUGGAACGUGCCGAGUUCCUGUGGGUGGAUUUGCUGAGCUAAUGGGAAGCAACGGUCCGCAACGCUUUUGCAUCGAGAAGGUAGGCAAAGAAACUUGGCUUCCAAGGUCCCACACCUGCUUCAACCGACUGGAUCUGCCACCUUACAAGAGCUAUGAACAGCUCGUAGAAAAAUUGAACUUUGCCAUCGAAGAAACCGAAGGGUUCGGCCAGGAGUGAAGUGAGAUGCAUUCUGGAAUAGCUAAUGAAAGAAAGGGUUUUUCUGAGAAGUGGCGUAUUUAUAAUUUGGGGGCUGUGUCAAUGAAAUCUGUAUCUGGGCAAAGUAAAACUACUGUAUAAAGAUUAGUUAACUAUUAUCGCAGUUGUAUUUUAAGUCUGUUUUGUAUGCAGAUUAUUGUUCAUAAUUGUUUUGCAGCAUUCCAAGUUUCCACUGUGCAAAAAAUCUGAUCCACGGAAUUCGCAGGUUUAUUAGAUUUCAAUUUAAAUGUUUAAUUAAUUUAGUUCUAUUGCUUUUUAGCGCAAAUAUAUUUCAUAUUCCGAAAAAAGAUAAAUUUAAUUUUCUAUUUGCGAAUUACGUGGAUUUAUUUUUAUCAAAAUUGGAGGCAAGAGAUGAUGUACAUGUUUAUUCGUUAGCCUCUUGCUUCCUGCUGUUGUUAUUUUCUCCCAAAUUAUUAUUAUUUUAUGGAUAUAAUAUUAUUAACCAGCCAAAAAUCCUUCAAAAUCUUGUUUGACGUUCCCCAGAGUCCUUACAGAAAUUGAAAUGGGGUUCCAUGUAGCUUCAAAGUAGCAAAAAAAUGAGUUUUUGGAGGGAGGGUUGUUUUUCUCUGAAUUUGCAAUAAUGUCAAUUUUGUCAGAUUAGACUCACACACCCUGGAGAAGAAUAUUGAUUAAAUUAAAGAUUUUAUCAUAAUUAUUUAAA